CAAGCUGUUGAUGUCAGAGUGAUGAUGUGGGGAGGGACAGCCUCUGCAGUAUAAAGAUGGGUCAAUCAAAUAUAACUGAGGAUGCCCACCGGAGAGCAGGAUCUACAAAACAUGGUCCCCACCAGUUUGAGUCCUGCUGGCCUGUCUCUGCUUCUAACCCAACUGCUAUCAGGCUUUAGUUUCAUGUCAGCAAUCUCUAUUUGCUUUCCAAAAAUAAGCCUCUGCCACCAUGCUGAAGGGAGAAAAACAAGAAGGGCGGUAUUUUUAGGGCCAUUAAUUCUGACCACGUGCCCAGGAGGUGAACCGGAUGGCCACUGCACAAAGACUUCUCAUCACUAUGUCCUGCGAAGCCAGCAUUCACCGGACGUUGCCUGCUUUCGUUCUCCUGGGUUUUCUAGCUGGGAUUUCUUCAACACAUCCAGUUGUAAGCAGAACUAAUGGCACAUUGCUGGAAAGAGGAUGGCAAUCUCUGUUGUCCAGGUCCAUUGCUGGGAUGUCAGGGGAGAAGUCAGAUGUGAACUGGGAGAGUGACUAUUUGCUAGGAAUCAAGAGGCAGCGGAGGCUUUACUGCAACGUGGGCAUCGGGUUUCACCUUCAAAUCCUCCCAGACGGAAGGAUAAGCGGAGUUCACAAUGAAAACCAAUACAGUCUCUUUGAAAUAUCCACUGUAGAGAGAGGUGUUGUUAGCCUGUUUGGUGUGAAAAGUGCUCUCUUCAUUGCAAUGAACAACAAGGGGAAGUUAUAUGGAACAGCUGUUUUCCAAGAUGAGUGCAAAUUCAAAGAAACCUUGCUGCCCAAUAACUACAAUGCAUAUGAAUCAAAUGCUUACAGUGGUGCUUACAUAGCACUCAGCAAACAUGGGAGAGUGAAGAGAGGAAACAAGGUUUCUCCUGCUAUGACUGUGACCCACUUCUUACCGAGAAUAUGAACAUGAGCAAAGCAGAAGAUUAAAUCCCAGGAAAAACUGUUUCAUUUUGCACACGGGAAUAAUCUCCCAGGUAAAGUAUUUAUACUGUUCAUUGAAAAAAAAUCUAUAUAUGUAUGUGUAUAUUUGGAUAAAAAUAUUUGUACUAGAUUCAUCACAUAGCAUAUGUACUACGAUGCUGCUUCUCUUCUACUCUGUACAAAUUUUACAUGGCUGUGUGCCUCCUUUGGUGCUGAACAGAGAAAAGUGCAAGCUGGAGUGCAAAGGAAGUAUUUGGAAGACAUAGAAUGGCUGUGGGUAAUCAUCUAAUCAAUCACAGUUUAUUUACUAAAUAAUAUCAAUUACCUCAGAUAAUAACCUUUUAUAGUGAGCCGUUUACAUAUCAUGGGCCAAAUCAUCAGAUGACUUUGCUUCACCACAGCUACAGGCAGUUCACUCCAUCUGAAUAUCUGCCUGCACCUCCCUUUCUACACACCGUGUCC